AUGGCUUUCCUCACGUUGCCGCUCCUGGCUUUGACCCCACUGGUGGCCCAGGCCAAGCCUCAUGUGCUGUUCAUCCUGGCGGAUGACUACGGCUGGGGCAACAUGGGUGUACACCGGAGGAGUGCUGGUUCGACACCUGAGGAGAAGCAGGGCAAGGCCGAGGUGCAUACUCCGAAUAUCGAUGCUCUGAUUGACGAGGGCAUUUUGCUAGAGCGUCACUACACCUACAAGAUUUGUUCGCCAACACGUUCUUCUAUCCAGUCUGGCCGCCUCGCAGUGCAUGUGAAUCCUGUGAACUCAGCGGUUACUUCCCGCAACUACAACGAUCCCGUGAGUGGCUAUGCCGGCAUCCCCAGGAACAUGACAGGCAUCGCCGAGAAGUUGCGGGAUGGAGGCUACAGGACUCACAUUGUCGGGAAGUGGGAUGCAGGCAUGGCCACGCCUGAGCACUCGCCCAAGGGUCGAGGGUACGAAACUUGGUAUGGCUACUACCAGCACGCCAACGACUAUUGGCACAAGAGUACUGUUUUCAUGGCCACUGGAGAGAUUGAUGCCUGCUUGAACCGCAUGAAGGAUUUGUCCAUGCACAACGAGACGUACUCGGGCCCUGUGCGGGAUGCUAUCUCGCUUUCCGCCGCCUGCCAGGAAGAUGAGGAGUCGGAUCCGGGCUGCUAUGAAGAGCACCUCUUCAAGGAGCAAGUGUUGAAGAUCAUCCGGAAUCACGACACUGCAAAACCAGAGAAUCCGCUUUUCCUCUUCUACUCCUUCCACCUCCUCCACACACCUUUGCAGGUCCCAAAAGCUUGGCUUGAGAAGUUGCACAAGCUGGUGGCUGAGGCAGGGGGCAAGCGCAUUGACAGCGGCCUCAGGCUCCUCUACGCGGCGAUGACGCUUUACAUGGAUGCUGCCAUCGGCGAGGCCGUGAAUGCGCUAAAAGAGAAGAAGAUGUAUGAUAACACACUGAUCAUCUUCACCUCCGACAAUGGCGGCCCCAUCUACCCAGCAGGUGCUUCAAAUUACCCACUGAGAGGUGGCAAGUACAACGACUGGGAAGGCGGUGUUCGCACUAACGCUUGGGUUUCCGGCGGCUUUGUGCCAGCGCAGAGGCGUGGGGCCAAGUUUGAUGGAAUUAUCAAUGCGGCUGAUUGGUAUGGAACGCUGACGGAGUUGGCGGGGGUCGAAAUGGUGGAUCACAAGUCUGAGAAGGCGAACGCCUUCCUAAAGGCGAACGCCUUCCUGAAGGAGAAGGGCUUGCCAUUGCUGCAUCCAGUGGACAGCAUCCCGCAGUGGCAGGCCAUCAUCAGCAACGCGCCUGCUCGCACAGGCCCGAUGCAUCUUAGCUCCCAGGCGGUGCUGCAAUGGCCAUACAAGCUGGUGACAGGCAAGCAGGCAAUGAGUGCCUGGCAAGGACCAUUGUAUCCUAACUGCUCCACCGUACAUUCUCUUGAGGAUCGCAAUGGACCGUUGCCUCCACAGCAAGAUAUGAAGGUUUUUGGUGAGCCACUGCCAGUAGCGGAGACGCCGGCGGAAGUUGACAGGCAGACGUGGGUCAUUGACUGUGGGGCAGGUUGCCUGGUGAACGUCGAGGAUUACGCAAAGCUAUUGAAGUCUUUGCAGGAGACUCUGGAAUCCAUGAACAAGGAGCUGUUCAAUCCGGACCGUGGUCUCGAUCGGGUAGAGGCGUGCGAGGUGGCGAUUGAGCAAAGCCGCACAUUUGGACCCUUCGUGGACUCGAAGGAGUUCUACAGCCCCGCACCACCAAAGACCUUGUUGGAGCAGGUCGAGGAUGCGGCUCUGACAGCGGUGCUCCGCAAGGCCAACAGCCAGACUGCCAAGCCCCUGCUGAUCGCAGCCGUUCAAACCAUCUCGCCGAAGGUGUUCGCAAAUUCUGCCUGGGACAAGUGCCUGGCACCCGAGAGCGAGCCGCAAUCUUUCCUUGAUGCUGGCAUUGUCACCGUCUGA